CGGUCCCACUCGCACCCCCCGACGGGUCGGAACCUCAGCUCAGAGGAUCGGAAGAACGGACGACGGCGAGAUGGCAAGCGGGGAAGAAGGCAAGGGCGAGACGGUGCUGGUCACCGGGGCCAGCGGCUUCAUCGGUUCGACCCUCGUCCGCGGCCUCCUCGGCCGCGGCUACAACGUCCGCGCCGGCGUCCUCGACCCCGACGACAGGGCGGAGACGGACCACCUCCUCGCGCUCGCCGCCGGCGCCGGCCGCCUCAGCUUCUUCCGCUGCGACCUCCUGGACGGCGCCGCGCUGCUCGACGCGGCAAGGGGGUGCUCGGGCGUCUUCCACCUCGCGUCACCCUGCACCGUCGACCCCGUCAAGGACCCCCAGAAUCAGCUGAUGGUGCCUGCGGUGGAAGGGACGCUGAACGUGGUGCGCGCGGCCAAGGACGCCGGCGGAGUGCGGCGGGUGGUCGUGACCUCGUCCAUCUCGGCCGUCGUGCCCAACCCCGGGUGGCCCGCCGGCGAGGUCGUCGACGAGCGUUGCUGGACCGACAUCGACUACUGCGAGAAGAAUGGGGUUUGGUACCCUGCUUCCAAGACGCUGGCGGAGAAGGCGGCGUGGAAGUUUGCAGAGGAGAACGGGCUGGAUGUGGUUGUGGUUAACCCGGGGACUGUGCUGGGCCCGAUGAUUCCACCAGCCAUCAACGCUAGCAUGGCCAUGUUUUGUCGCCUCCUUCAAGGCUGCACGGAGGAGUACGCCGAUUUCUUCCUAGGGCCAGUGCACGUGGAAGACGUCGCCAUGGCGCAUAUCCUGGUGUUCGAGAGCGCAUCGGCGUCGGGGAGGCACCUGUGCGUCCACUCCAUCUGCCACUGGAGCGACUUCGCCGCCAAAGUCGCCGAGCUCUACCCCGACUACAAAGUGCCCAAGUUCCCCAUGGACACCCAGCCUGGGCUGGUGAGACAGGAGGUGGGGUCCAAGAAGCUCACCGCGCUGGGGCUUCAGAUCACCCCCAUGGAGAAGAUCAUCAGGGAUGCCGUCGAGAGCCUCAAGAGCCGAGGCCACAUCUCCUGAAUCCUGAUGGAUGGCAGGAUGGGCAGUGCUUGUGAUGCGUGAGGCCGUACGUCAUGGACCUUGCUAAGUUGCUAGCGUGGCUUGUGUAACUAGUUGUAAUAAAUAAUGAUGUCACCAGACGACGACGACGAACCUGAGAAGGAAAAUUGAGCUAAUAGCUCGAUUUUCAGUUCUU